UCUUGUUUGGAGAAGCUCUAAAUGUGCCUGCCCGGAGAUUGCCUAUGGCCGCAACAACUAAAACAUCACAUCAAAUGGUAUCAUCAGCGAAUCAAUCUUCGAAACUAGUCCAGCGUCGUGAACUAUGUAAUCUAGCUAGUGGUAAAGGUCAAUUUCUCUGUAUUCAAUCGUUGAAUUACUUCGCUGACUGCCAUUAACAGAUCCUCAUGGACCACCAAAGGAGAAGUCAUAUGCAGGUUACAAGUUAUGUGGGUUAGUAAUUUACAUAGUGUUUUGGGGAUAUGCCAUGUUUGGCGAAGUGCCCAAAAAGAAGAAGAAGCUUAAGAUUGUUACAAUAAACGACGGAGUGCGAGACCGACCAGCUGUUGUGGAAUAUCGCUCCUACUAUCCCUUAGGGUUUUAGAUUUGAAGUUUUCAGAUUUGAAGUAUUUUAGAAAGAUAAAAACGGAUAUGUAAUUUUGUAUAAGCUUGUGUUAAAUUUGUUUGGCAGGUUGUUUGACUUAACUACUUUGAAGGAUUGAAUGGUGACUAUUGGAGUAGUUCAUUUUCAAGUUCUUUAUUUCUUCUUUUUGAACCAAAAGUUGUUUUUUAUUUUUAUUAACUCAUCCCAUUUGAUUCGUCACCCACCCACUGCCUUAUAUUAUAUUUCAACGAUUUAAUUAACUAACCCUUAAUUAAGGUGUUUAGUUUUCAUGUAUCUGUAUUAUUGUUCCAUCUGAUUAGUCUUCUUCCACCAAGCUCAGAUUCUUUUGAAUCUCUCUUUUGGUGAAAAAGAAAAACAAGUGAAAUCAAUGGCAGCUUGGAUGACUGCUGCUCGUGCAGCUAUAGGCAGCACAAGUAAUCAAAUAUCACGUCAAAUGUUAUCGUCGUCAACGAAUCAAACUUCAAAGCUAAUCCACCAACGACGAGGUCUAACUACCGGUGCAGAUCAUCAGGUACCCCCAAAGGUGGAUCUCAAGCAGGAAGCCAAGGAUAAAAAAGGAGCUGAUUAUAUCUUAUACACCGGCCUGUAUUUUAUCCAUUACUACGUAUAUCUUGCCAUUAUCGAUUAUCGAAGUGACGAGGAGAGGGAUGAGAAAGUGGUUAGAUACCUCGAUGGAGUCCCUGCUAGUUAAAAUGGUUUCCGGCAAUAAUAGAAUGAUUAAAAGUUCAACCAUCUGAAGAUUAAAAGAUUUAUGAGUUUCACUGUUAUCAUCUGUUGUUGUUCAAAAUUUUCACCUGCUUCGUUGUAAGAUUUGUUUUUAAUAAAAAUCAUCCGAUCAGAUUACCCAAUCGCUACUUGUUUGUAACUAGAAUCAAACUUC